AUGACAGCUCAACAAGUCAUGCAAGCUAAUAACAAAACUGAUGACAUUGAAAACUGCCUAAGGCAGGAACCUCAGACUGUGAGGGACGGUGCCGUCCUUCCAACAGAGAAGAGCUUUUCAUGUACUGAGUGCGGGAAGUUUUAUUAUUCUAAAUACAAUCUUAAUGUCCAUAUUAGAUCUCAUACGGGGGAGAAGCCGUAUUCCUGUGCUGAGUGUGGGAAAUGUUUUUCAGAGAAGUCCAGUCUUUCCAAACAUCAGAGAUUUCACACAGGAGAGAAACCAUAUUCCUGUCCUCAGUGCGGGAAAUGUUUUUCACAGGAGUCCAAUCUUUUUACACAUCAGAAAUCUCACACAGGGGAGAAGCCAUAUUUCUGUCCUGAGUGUGGGAAAUGUUUUUCAAACAAGACCAGUCUUUACACACAUAAGAGAUCUCACACGGGGGAGAAGCCAUUUUCCUGUGCGGAGUGUGGGAAAUGUUUUUCAGAAAAGUUCAUUCUUUAUGCACAUCAGAGAUCUCACACAGGGGAGAAGCCAUAUUUCUGUCCUGAGUGCGGGAAAUUCUUUUCACAGAAGUCCAGUCUUUACAAACAUCAGAGAGCUCACACGGGGGUGAAGCCAUAUGCCUGUGCCGAGUGUGGGAAAUGUUUUUCAGACAUAUCCAAUCUUUACAAACAUCAGAGAUCUCACACAGGGGAGAAGCCGUAUUCCUGUUCUGAGUGUGGGAAAUGUUUUUCACAUAAAUCCAAUCUUAAUGUUCAUAAAAGAUCUCACACAGGGGAGAAGCCAUAUUCCUGCCCUGAGUGCGGGAAAUGUUUUUUAGUGAAGUCUCAUCUUUACAAACAUCAGAGAUCUCACACGGGGGAGAAGCCGUAUUCCUGUCCUGAGUGUGGGAAAUGUUUUUCACAGAAGUCCCAUCUUGACACACAUCAGAGAUCUCACACGGGGGAGAAGCCUUUUUCCUGUCCUGAGUGCGGAAAAUGUUUUUCACGGAAGUCCCAUCUUGACACACAUCAGCGGUCUCACACAGGGGAGAAGCCUUUUUCUUGUCCAGAAUGUGGGAAAUGUUUUUCAGAUAAGUCCAGUCUUUCCAGACAUCAGAGCUCUCACCCAGGAGAGAAGCCACUUUCCUGUUUUGAGUGUGGAAAAUGUUUUUCACAAAAGUCCAGUCUUUACACACAUCAGAGAUCUCACACGGGGGAGAAGCCUUUUUCCUGUCCUGAGUGCGGGAAAUGUUUUUCACGGAAGUCCCAUCUUGACACACAUCAGCGAUCUCACACGGGGGAGAAACCGUAUUGCUGUCCUGAGUGCGGAAAAUGUUUUUCAGACAUGUCCACUCUUUUCAGACAUCAGAGAUCUCACACGGGGGAGAAGCCUUAUUCCUGUCCUGAGUGUGGGAAAUGUUUUUCACAGAAGUCCAAUCUUUCCAAACAUCAAAGAUGUCAUGUGGGGGAGAAGCCACUUUCCUGUCCUGAGUGAGGGAAUUAUUCUACACUGAAGUCCUGUCUUUCGAUAUAUCAGAGAUCCCACACCACUCUCGAGAUGUACUAGUGAAUGGAGUGUGGGAAAUGUAUUUUACGUGAAUGUUGCUCGACAUCACAGCUCUCAUGUGGGGAAGAAGCACACCCUGAUAUACACCUUAGAUAUACUCUAUAGCUGAUCUUCCUCAUGUAAGAAAUAGUUCAUAAGGAGAUCAGAGAUCACCAAAGACAUGGAUGAAGUGUUGUAUUGUGUUGGCCAUUGAUAGCAGUAGAACAAUAAAAAUGGAGUCAUUACCUUUCUGUAACAUACAGCACUGGUAUUGAUUGCUAACUGUUAAUUAACCACAAGAUGACAGUGUUAUUCAGGUUAGUUAUAACAGAUUUCAAUAUAGUAAAGCAGUGGUCUCAAAGUACCGGCCCGCGGGCCAUUUGCGGCCCGCGGACCAGUUAUAAAUGGCCCUCAGGC